GAAACUCUCAAACAGUAUUUACAAUCAUAGGAGGCGAACGAUUUGCACUUACUUUCUCCAUGGGCUAUAAUUGCCGGUGGCAAUAUACUGAAAGCAGUUUCCCAAACUUCAACGUGUUUGAGGGUCCUGAGCCUUCAUUUUGGGACCUUGAUUGCAGAUAUCCAGAGCCGACGGCACUGAAAAUAACACACAUGAUACCUCCGCCCGGGGCUAAUACCAACCAAUAUUUUCGAGGCAAGGAACGGCAUAUCAAGGACGAGACAAAUUCACAGACUGAGUUGAAGGAUAAUUCUAUAGCAGAUCUCCAACCUCCCAUGUCUAGAUUCAGCUCCUUCCCAUCAGAAAGAGCUAUCCAAGCCGCAAAAACAAAUUCCAUACCGGCAAAAACUUUACAGAAACGCUCAUCACAAGCCCCUGAAUCAAAAGAUAUCGAUAAUAAUGUUAAUAACAGUCUAGAUGACUUGAAAGAUAGUAGUAUCAAAAUCUCGAGAUCAAAUAGAAUACAGAUUGUGAACGAUUUUGCCAUCACAGAAUUGAGCGGUCAAAUAACUACCUAGGUAGAUCAGAUCAGUAUAGAUGUUCUAAAGUCCAUGAAUCAGUAUCCACAUCCA